AUGCCGCCAGUCUCUCAACCCUUAGCGGCAUACGAGGCGGGCACCAAAGCAUGGUUUCCUGAUGAAGUGCAAGGGUGGGUGAGUGGCACUCUCACCAAAGAGCCGGCGGUUGACCAGGAUGGUAAUGUUUCUUUGCUAUUCAACCUGGACGAAUCUGGUGAUGAGCGAGUGGUACAAACCACUAUGGCGAAAAUCGAGGCGCCAGGUGGCGUGGAGAGGGAGCUACCACCACUGCGGAAUCCACCAUUGCUGGAAGCUUCUGAUGAUCUGACAUCUUUGAGUCAUCUGAAUGAAGCGUCUGUAUUGUAUACCAUCAUGAACAGGUACCAGCAGCGUUUUAUUUAUACGUAUUCAGGCAUAGUGCUCAUUGCGGUGAACCCUUUCUUUGACUUGAAUCUGUACGGUCCAGAGAUCAUCCAGGCGUAUGCAGGACGUCGACGUGGAGAAUUGGAGCCCCACUUGUUUGCUGUGGCAGAAGAUGCAUAUCGCUGCAUGAUCCGUGACGGUAAAAAUCAGACAAUCGUUGUCAGCGGCGAGAGUGGUGCGGGUAAGACUAUGUCGGCCAAGUACAUUAUGCGCUAUUUUGCUACAGUCGAGGACCCGGACAAUAUGACAUCUCGACGUCCUGGGUCUCAUGUCAUGAGUGAAACGGAACAGGCUAUUCUUGCCACUAAUCCUGUGAUGGAAGCUUUUGGUAACGCCAAGACAACGCGAAAUGACAACUCCUCUCGCUUUGGCAAGUAUUUGGAAAUCAUUUUUGACGAUCGACACGAAAUUGCCGGUGCUCGGAUGCGUACAUAUCUUCUGGAGCGCUCGCGUCUUGUAUAUCAACCAGAUGUGGAACGGAACUACCACAUCUUUUAUCAACUAUGUGCAGGGGCACCUGAAGAUUUACGAGCGCAACUGGGCAUCACCAAGGCUUCCGACUUUCAUUAUUUGCAUCAGGGCAGUGAGGAAUACCUUACGAUCCCUGGCGUCGAUGACGCAGCGGAGUUCCAGGCCACAGUCGAUGCCUUUACGACGAUUGGCGUUGCACGAGUCACGCAGAUGCAUAUUUUUGAAGUCCUUGCAGCGCUACUUCACCUGGGAAAUGUUGCUAUUACAGCGUCGAGAAAUGAUGCGAAUAUGGCUCCUGAAGAUCCGGCGCUCCUUCAAGCAGCCAUGUUCCUUGGCGUCGAUGCGAAUGAGCUUCGGAAAUGGACAUUGAAGCGCCAAAUGCAAUUACGAGGUGAAAAAAUUGUCUCGAAUCUCUCACAGGCACAGGCUACAGCGGUACGUGACUCGGUGGCCAAGUAUGUUUACACAUGCUUGUUUGACUGGCUCGUUGCGCAAAUGAACAAAUCACUUGCGCCGCGUGAUGAAGCAGCUGCUGCUUCGAUGAUUGGGGUUCUUGAUAUUUACGGCUUUGAGUGUUUCAAGUCAAACUCAUAUGAGCAGUUCUGCAUCAAUUAUGCGAAUGAGCGACUGCAGCAUGAAUUCAAUCGCCAUGUCUUCAAGCUUGAGCAAGAAGAAUACGUGGCUGAACAGAUUCCAUGGCAGUUUAUCAAUUUUGCCGAUAACCAGCCGUGCAUCGAUAUGAUUGAGUCGAAGUACGGCUUGUUGUCCCUACUAGACGAAGAGUCAAGACUUCCGUCUGGACAGGAUGCAUCGUUCCUUCAGAAAGUGUACAGCCAGUUGCAGCCGAAGCCUGAGUUUCAGAAGUUCUUGACGAAGCCCCGUUUUGGCUCACAGUCCGCAUUUACCGUCAAGCACUAUGCAUUAGACGUAACAUAUGACGUCGAUGGGUUCAUGGAGAAAAACAAAGACACUGUGCCCGAUGAGCACUUGGCGCUUUUAGGAUCGACAAGCUCGCCGUUCCUCAAGUCUGUACUCGAUGCUCGUGCUGCUGCAGAUGCGGCGCUGCCACAGCCCUCCACACGCAAGGUAUCAGGCCCUGGUAUUGCGAGCAAGAAGCCGACGCUUGGUACGCAGUUCAAGGCAUCACUAGGUGCAUUAAUGGAUACAAUCAACUCAACAGAGGUGCACUAUAUUCGGUGCAUCAAGCCCAAUGACGCGAAAGUGGCUUGGGAAGUUCAGCCGCAGAAUGUGCUGAGCCAGCUGCGUGCAUGUGGUGUUCUCGAGACGAUUCGGAUCAGCUGUGCAGGAUUCCCGGGCCGCUGGACAUUCGCUGACUUUGUGGAACGGUACUACAUGCUCGUGCCGUCGUCACACUGGGACAUGACGUCGCUUGAAAAGGUGCGCGAGCUCGCUCAAUACAUUCUGUCGGAGACUCUUGAGCCAGAUAAAUAUCACUUCGGUCUCAACAAGGUAUUUUUCCGCGCUGGUGUACUAGCAUCUUUCGAGCAAAUGCGUCGCAAUGUUCUCAACGAGCACACCCGCACUGUUCAGACCGCAUGGCGUCGUUAUUCGGCACAGAGCAAAUACAAUGCGCUCAAAGCGGGCAUCCUUACACUUCAAGCGAAUAUUCGUCGACGAGCGGCGCAAAACCGCUUCCGCACGGAACGUGAGUUGCGUGCAGCCGUCCUGCUUCAAACGGCGGCCCGUGCGGCUCUGCAGCGCAAGCACCGCGCUCAAGCAGUACAUGCGGCAACUCUGAUUCAGACGGUCAUUCGUGCGUACCAGGCACGCUUGCGCCUUAUCGACGAACGCGAGGCAUGGCAUGCAACGCUCCUCCAGACAGCUAUACGUGGUGUGCUCGCCCGUCGUGCGGCUUCGAAACGUGUGCGACAGGUGACUUUGCUACAGUCGCUCUAUCGGCGACGGCUAGCUCGACAUGCGUUGGCACAACGGCGCACAGAGGCGAAGAGUGCGUCGCAUUACCAGGAGGUGUCCUACAAGCUUGAGAACAAGGUGUUUGAUCUCACGCAAAGUCUGCAGGAUCGCACGCGCGAGAACAAAGACUUGCGUGCGUCUUUGCUUGAACUAGAGGCACAGCUGUCGUCGUGGCAGAACCGGCAUGAAGAGCUUGAUGCUCGUGCGCGUGGCCUGCAGGCAGAAGUGCAAAAACCGAGUGUGCCAAUCCAAGCACACGAAACACUUCAGCUUGAGCGACACGCGCUUGAAUCGCAGCUGCACCAGGCGCAGGAGCGAAUUCAUGACCUGGAGUUGGAAAUUGCGACGCUGCAAUCGCAGAUUCGUUCUCUCGAGGCACCUGAAUCGAUGGUGCAAUCGCUUCGAAACGAGAUCGUCAUGCUACGGGAGCAGUUGAGCCGAGCCACGGCAGAAAACGAGAGGAAUGGAACGACAGUGCCAUUGGGCCCUCGGGCCCAUGUACAGCGUGCUGGUGGAGUCGGUACGACUGGAGUAGCGACGGCGGGCUCAAGACCUGUGAGUGAGUACGGCGACGAAGCGUUCGAGGAUGAAUACGUGGAGGAUGUGCGCGAUGUGCCGUCGGAGGAAAUCAUUGACCUGCUUGAAGACGAAGUGCAGCUGGACGAGGAUGUGCUCCAUGGCUUGAUUGAGUUCUUGAAGAUUCCUGCACCGAGUCUGCAGAACCCGCCGGGUCCGAAGGAAGUGCUGUUCCCAGCGCACCUUAUAUCGCUCGUCACGAACGAGAUGUGGAAGUAUGGACUUGUGCGAGCGAGUGAGCGGUUCCUUGCAAACGUGAUCAGAACGAUCCAGCAGCAUGCGAUGUCAUACCGCGGCGAUGAUGCAAUUAUACCGGGUAUUUUCUGGCUCUCGAAUGUACAUGAGAUUCUCUCGUUUGUGUGCAUUGCCGAAAGUGACAUGCUGCAGGGCGUUGGACCCGGCGUCGACGGCUCGGCACGGGAGUUUGAGUGGGGCGAUUACGAGCGGCUUGUGACGAUUGUAAAGCACGAUCUCGACUCUCUCGAGUACAACAUCUACCACACGUGGAUGCAAGAGGCAAAGAAGCGGCUUAAUAAGAUGGUAGUUCCAGCGCUUGUUGAAUCGCAGUCGCUGCCGGGCUUCGUGACGAAUGACUCUGGCGGCCGUUUGUUAAAUCGCUUGUUAGCAGGGACAAAUGCGCCGACGUACACGAUGGAUGAUAUCCUUGGAAUACUCAACAAAAUCUGGAAGUGUCUGAAAAGUUACUACGUCGAGCCUAGUGUAACCCAGCAGGUGAUUACAGAUCUUCUGAAAAUGAUUGGUGUCACAUCUUUCAAUGACUUGCUUAUGCGCCGCAACUUUUGCUCUUGGAAACGUGCUAUGCAAAUCCAAUACAACAUCACGCGUCUUGAGGAAUGGUGCAAGUCCCACGACAUGCCAGAAGGAUCGUUGCAACUUGAGCAUCUGCUCCAGGCCACAAAGUUGCUCCAAUUGAAGAAGGCGACUAUGAGCGACAUUGAUAUCAUCUAUGAUGUCUGCUGGAUGCUUACGCCAACCCAGAUCCAAAAACUUAUAUCACACUAUCAUGUGGCAGACUACGAGAACCCUAUUUCACCGGAGAUUCUCAAAGCCGUUGCCAGUCGGGUUGUGCCGAAUGAUAGGAAUGAUCACUUACUCCUGCCGCCAGAAGUGGACGAGGCUGGGCCUUAUGAAUUGCCACUCCCACGUGAAGUGACGGGCAUAGAGACCUACUGCCCGGCAUACCUGAAUGUUCCCCUGCUUCGUAGCCUUGCAAGCAAGGUCGCUUAG